CGAGGAGCCAAGUAUGUAAACAAGGUCAUCCACUGCAGCAGCGACACAGUCCAAACACUUUGUGUCGCGUUUCUGAGACAAGACUAAACCUGAGACAAGAGGAAAGUGCAGCAGCAGACGAUAACAAGGAAUCGCUUACUGAGUGGCCAUCAUGAUGCAAUGUUUUCACUUCAUGGCGAAGCCGACCAAAAACCUGGCGGCCAAGAUAAAGGAAUCACAGAAAAAAACCAAGAAGGACAAAGGAGAGCUUCUGGAUGAGGAUCAGCUGUUUGUUUUGGAUCUGGCGAGAGAGCUCAGCCGAGUGUGCCAGAGGUCUUCAGUGCUGGAGCACAUCUGGAACGAGGAUGACAUCUGGUCAACUCCUCUCUGCAGGGUUUUCAUCCUACAAUGGGCCUUGAUGCUGGAGAGCAAGCAGAAGAAGCCGAUGAAGACUGAUGGCUGGCCAGCAAUGGAAGAAUGGAAACAGCCUGACAUGAUUAAUGACCAAGAUGUGCUGCAGGCCAAAAACAUGAUCCUCAACUGGAUCAAGGACCUGAGAGCUCAGCCUGAGCAAAGUGUGUGGCCGGGGGAGCCUGUGGCAAAAGUCCUGGAGGACCUGCAGUCAGCCUGGCGCUGGGGCCGUGUCCCCAAUCUGCUGACUGCUAUGGAACUGGUCAUGUGGACUUUAAUGCUGCAGCAGCCGGAAAAGGACAACAUCCCACAGCAGUGGCUCAUGUGGAAGCAGAGGACUCAGAACAUAGGUGCCAUAUCCUACAUCCCUCAACCAGUGUGGGACUGGAUCUCAGAUGCUGCAGUUGAGGUGACACUGGAUCUGGACUCAGCCAACCCUGAUCUUCUCAUCUGCAGUGACGAGAAAAGGAUGCGUUGUGGGUUUGAAAGGAAGGAUGUUCCCAACUACCACCAACGCUUUGAUGGCUGGUGGUGUGCCGUAGGAGUGCAGGGUUUUGGCUCUGGGCGACACUACUGGGAAGUGGAGGUGGGUGAGCGGGACUGGCGACUGGGUGUGGCUAAAGAGCCAUCCCUCCGAAAAGGCUUCAAAUCGCUUAACACCAACACAGGGUACCUGACCCUGCGGCUGGAGAGAGGCACUGAGCUGAAGGCACUUACUGUGCCCUUCACGGCCCUGCCACAGGGUCUUAUCCCACGCAAAGUGGGCAUCUACCUUGACUACGACCAAGGCCAGCUGUCCUUUUAUGACGUGGACAAACACUUGCACAUUUACACCUACAAUGAGAGCUUCACUGAUAAGCUGUUCCCGUUGUUUGGUACGGUGGAGAUCCUGAAGGAUCUGGUGAUCAGGGCCCCACCAGAUAAGACCCAAUGUCUCUGGUCCUCAUCCUGUCUCUGGAGUUAAGUUUCCUUCUGUCAUCUCUCCCUCUAAAAUCCAGUAGACAUAAUAUAAAAGUGUAAGAAAAAUAUGAAACUCAGAAAUUCUGAUGUAAAAGAUCAUUAGAAGCUCCACUAUGUCACUGUAUGAGCUGUACUGCUGCUGCUGCUUCAAUGUGAUAGUUGCUACUAAUCUCGCUUUAUAUAGGGUUAUCAUGUUACCUCUUGCUCACAUGCAUAAUGUAUUUUCAUAUUGUAUAUUUGAAAUAAUGCCUAUUGUAUUAAUGUAAUAUUUUGUGCAGUGAAUCCUGCAUUGUGAAUGCACUAUAUGAAUAUUAAAUAAACCAACUGUGACUUAAAAUCAA